AUGGUCAUCGUUGACAAGUCAGGAGUCCAUCGCCUCGAGGUUCGAUGCUGUGAUUGUCCCGAUGCCAUGAGUCCAGACAUUCAAAUGUUUCAACAUGGCUUUUUCCCUGCAUCAUUUAACAAGCCAAAGACCGUGUUCACCUUCAGAGUGCUAGAUGAUUUUCUGUUGGACAACCUCGAAUGCGGCACCUCAGCGAUGAACUAUUACAGCAAGCUUCAGCGAAUGUCCUCGAGCAUGUUUCCCCACCUCGUUCCGGACCAAUACAGAGAGCUUAUGAGAGUCGCUCGACAGUGGAGGCAGUUAAAGUCUAUGAAAUGGCAUGGCUUCGGGCAUAGUUCCGACAACCCAAAUGCCGGAGAUUUCGCAUUAUUCUGCCCGGCAUGUCCUCAGCCCGGGAUUAACAUAUCCUUGUCAGGGGAUGAAUCACUUGAUGACUGGAAAUACACCCGGUCAUUUGUGAUGGACAGAAAUUUCAAAGCCGAACACCUGCAUCCCAUCAAAACUGCAACAAUCAUCAGGGCUGUCAAUCAAGCAAAUGCAGCUCAGCACAAGCUGGAGUCCACUGGCAUCGGGGGAGUAGCCUGUGGCCAACACGGUUGCUUUGUCCCUCACUCGAUGGUAGAUUUCCAGAAAGGCGAAAGGCAAGCUGGACAUGCCAUUCAACAUUCCUGA